AAUCCCGCCACUAUAAAACAAGUCUGUCACCUCAGACUUCUUUAAUGUCAAUACUGUCACUUAAACAUUUCCUCCUAAAAUGUAAAAUCUUCAGUUAUAAAUAUCCUUUCUUAAUUUAAUGUGAAAAUGGCAGCCGAACCGGCUAAUAAAUUAGAAAGUCUUCCAACAAUAACAUCCGCAAGUGGGCCACCUUUAACAAUACCAGAAAUAACAACAGGUCUUGGUACAAGAUUUUAUGAAUCCCUGGAAAAGUAUAAAGAUCAAAUUCAUUGUGUGGACUCAUCAACUGGAGCGACAGAAACUAAAAAUUCAGUAAAAAUGCGGGCUAUAAAAGUUGCCAAAGAAUUAAUAAAAAAUGGUGUUGGUCAAAAUGACGUGGUUAUAGUCGCAAGUAAAGUUCACAUGGAUUUAAUAGUAUGCGUUUUAGGGUGUCUUUUUGUUGGCGCAAUAGUGGCACCCGUACAUUCAGAUCAUCCUCACGAAGAAUUAAAACAAUUAGUUAUAAUUCUGCAACCAAAAUUUGCAUUUUGCGGAAGUCGCUGUUCGAGAUUAUUAAUGCCAAUUUUAAAAGAGGAACGAAUUAAUUGUCCCAUUUAUACCUUUGAAUCCGACAGCAGAGAUUUUAUCAGUUUCGAUAAAUGUUUAGAAAACCCAGAUGAUCCAAGCUUUAAAGCUGCCACAAUUCUCAAUCCAAAAUCGACAGUAGCUUUCAUUUCUUACACCCAAGGAACCGAAAGCGAUCAAAAAAUGGUUGCAAUCAGUCAUUACGCCAUCGCAAUGAGAUAUAUGUCUAUGUUAGAUUGGGCUUUUAAAAAAAGUGAGAAAGUCGUUUCAACAUUCCCAAUGAAUAACAUCACAAUGAUUCUUGUUAUGUGUAUUUGUUUUGAUUCGCCGGCGAAGCAUGUUAUAUUAGGUUCAAUAACUGAACGGGCAAUUUUAAAAGUUUUACACGAUCUAAGGGUAGAAGUUUUAUAUAUUGAUUCCGAUUUAGCGAUUCGAAUUUGCAAAAACACGGCCGUCGGUGAUUUCGAUUUAUCCAACUUAAAAAUGAUCUUCCUUACAAACGCAAUAUUGACUAAAAACUACGUUCGAGUUGUACGAAGUUUUCGAACCUUAACGGUAGCAAUCGAUUAUGGUACCGUUGAAUCCGGAAUGGUCGCAUACGCAACCCAACAAACAUAUUUACAACACCACGAUAAACUCAAUUCAAUCGGCCAAUUAAUGCCGGGAGUUAGUGUUAAAAUUUUACCACCCCAAAAUGGGGUUGCACCACCCGGAUGGGGCGAACUCCACGUCAGAUCGCCUUGUUUAAUGUUAAGUUAUUACAACAAUCACGUUCCAACAAAACCGAUAAGCAAAGGAUAUUUUAUAACCGGAGAUUUAGCAAAAAUCGAUUCUGAUGGGUUUUUAUAUAUUCGGGGAAGGUGUAGCGAUGAAAUUAUAAGAGAAGAUAAUGUUUUUUCAACGGCCGAAGUUGAUAAUGCCAUCUUAAUACAUCCCGAUAUUGAAGAAGUUGCUGCUUUUGAAAAUGAAGAUGGCGAUUUAAUCGCGUGCGUAGUGAGAAAGGAGGGAAGAGAUGUUUCUCAAGCAUCUAUUUUAAAGGUGGUAGCAGAAAUUCUUCCAAAGUACAAAAUUCCUACUAAAAUUAUUUUUAAAACUGGUUUACCAAAAACAUUAUUGGGAACGAUCAAAAAAUAUAAAUUGAAGGAAUCUAUGGUUGAACUUAUCAGGGAGGAAUCAUUUUAUCAUGCAGAUGUUGAUGAUUAAAAUUAAUAAAUAAAAAUUUAAUGUAAAA